ACAUCCGAAGUGGUUCGCAAACAGCUCGGCAUGCACAUAUUCGAACCCAGCAACGAAUAUCGUAUGACCUCUUGGCUAGCGCAGCAGGAAGAUCGCAAUACCAUCACUCUAUAUCAGUGUGACUCUUCUCUCAGCGCUUGGACACAACGUUGCAUGCGCCAAGCGGACGUCGUACUUAUCGUGGGACUUGGUGAUCAUGCGCCAAUCGUUGGUAAAUUUGAACGAGAAAUCGAUCGUUUGGCAAUGCGCACACAAAAGGAGCUCGUACUGCUUUAUCACGAGUCGAUUAAUGCGAAACCGAAAAAUACACUGCAAUGGCUGAAUGUCAGGCCCUGGGUCACCAAACAUCACCAUUUGCAGUGCCCUAAGCGCAUGUUCACGCGCAAAAGUCAAUAUCGCAUUAACGAUCUGUACAGCCGUGUAUUAAUGUCCGAGCCAAAUAUGCAUUCGGAUUGUUCGCGCCUGGCACGUUGGCUGACUGGUAACUCAAUCGGGUUAGUUUUAGGUGGCGGCGGUGCACGCGGUGCUGCACAUAUCGGUAUGUUAAAGGCUAUACAAGAAGCUGGUAUACCGGUAGAUAUGGUGGGAGGUGUUAGCAUUGGCGCGCUAAUGGGUGCACUCUGGUGUUCGGACCGUAAUGUAACAGCCGUUACACAGAAGGCUCGGGAAUGGUCAAAGAAAAUGACAAAAUGGUUCCUGCAAUUGCUCGAUCUCACUUAUCCAAUUACAUCGAUGUUCUCUGGACGUGAAUUCAACAAAACCAUUCGUGAUACCUUCGGUGAUGUGGCCAUUGAGGAUUUAUGGAUUCCGUAUUUUACACUAACGACUGAUAUUACCGCAAGCUGCCAUCGCAUACACACAAAUGGAUCUCUUUGGCGUUAUAUACGUUCAUCUAUGUCGCUCAGCGGCUAUAUGCCGCCAUUGUGCGAUCCAAAAGACGGGCAUCUCCUGCUGGAUGGCGGAUAUGUUAACAAUUUGCCAGGUAAAUAGUGAAAAAAAACAACAACUACAAA